AUGGUUCUUGUAGCUGAUCCGACCGUUCUCAGAGGAGUACCUGAAUUCUUUGAGAAUGAACUCGGCGAGUCAAUUCAAGCUCGUACUGAAUCACUAGCGACAUUUCGUGAAUUGGGCCCACCAGACUUGUGUCAUGUACUCAAGACGAAUAUAAAGACACUGGGGACACGAGAUUUGGGUUCCUAUCACUUUGUAUUGGGAACAGAUGUCAGUUCCUCUGCCACUGUCGCUGCCUAUCUCAACUCGUUGACAUACACUGUGGAUGAAGCACAGGGUUGGUUUGGAGGUAAAGGUGCGCCGUGGAAGAUCAAGUCCGGAACAUAUUGUUGCUUCAAUGCCUUUUCAAGAGUCGAUGUACGUGUGGAAGUCAAGAUACCCGGUGGUGUCGAAUCCUAUCUUGUGGAUCUGAGAGGAGACAAGCACCCAAUUGCGAAUCCGGCUAUAUGGCAAGAAACCGCUGUAUCGGCAGUAUUGCGGGCGAUACUAGAUGAUAACGAUGAAGCAGAUGGAAACGAUGGAAACCCAUUGAUGGGAUUAAGAAAGUUGGACCCAAUACCCUCUCUAGCGCUAGAAAAGAGAUUCUUGGAUCUUGCUAAAGCAGAGUUCUGGAAGGGUAAAAUCAGACUAUCCUCUCAUGCUCUUCAGACGUUACUUGUAUUCACGUCAAUCACCAAACUGAUAGGAUGGCAGUUGGGAACAGAGGCUGAAGUGCAAGUUGCAACAUACUUUAGCAACCAUUUGACGAAUGGUAUUAUGAAGUACUUUGGACAAGCAAAUCGAUUAGGAGAAGCAGCCAAGUUUUUGGAGCCAUUAUAUAAGAAAGAUCCAGAAGUCGGAGCCGUUUUGGCGAAAUCAUUGUUGGGAACAGACGAGGAAAUCAAGGCUGUUCAGACCAUGCAUGAAGCAUUAUCAAAAAACCCAUUAUCGUAUGGUUUGUUGCUCGUACAGAUAGAGUUUCUGAAAGGAAAGAAAAAAUUCGAAUGGGCUCUAAAACUGGCAAAAUUAGCAGUGACUUAUGCUCCCUCUGAAUUUGUCACUUGGUCCAAACUGACAGAGAUUUACAUUGAAUUGGGUCAAUAUGAGUCUGCUUUAUUGGCCUUGAAUUCCUGUCCGAUGUUUACAUAUGUCGAACGUGACUCCCAACGUAUGCCAUCACCUGCUCGAACACAUCUUCCACUCAAACCAGACCCAACUCAACUUCGAGAAGGUGACGAUCCCAAAAAGAUACCUCCUCAAAAUGGAACAAUAUUUGAUGAGAACGAUCCGAGAGAAAACGAGGUGCAUCCAGAACUCCAACGAUUGCCAGCCUUGUCUCUCAGAGGCACAUUCUUGAAGGCAUAUCAACUACUCAUUCGCAUAGUCAGUAAAGUUGGUUGGGAUGAACUACUACGAUUCAGGUCCGCCGUCUUUGUCAUGGAAGAAGAAUAUCGUAUACAUAGAGCCUUAAUGGAAGAACGAGAAAAGAAUGCCAUUGCUCAGGUGCGACAGAAUGCACAAGAAGCAGACAGAGCUAGAGAAGCUGCUUCCAAGUCUAAAGCCAAUGGUAGUAGUCCCACAAAUGGCAAGGAUGGCAGUAUCAAGUCAGAUGGGGAAGUGAAGAGUCCGGAACGAGCUGCUUCACCGGAUCAUUUUGAAGAAGCAGAAACAGAGCCCGCUUUGGAACGUGUCAGUUUAGAUGGCAAAAAAGAUGACUCUUCCUCAAGUAGCUUGAGAGAAGGAUCUGAAAAGGGCAAAGGCAAGGCCAAAGGACUGACUAUCGAUGAGCUUGUUCGUAAAACGGGCGGUGAAGAAGCUAUUGCUGCCAGUCAAGAUGAGAAUGCCAAGGCGAAAGCUCCAUUACCAAAGAUGCAAAAGCAUUCCGUAUCCUUCAGCUUUAGAAACAAGAGACUUUGCGAAAAAUGGCUAGACAAUCUAUUUAUGGUUCUUUACAAUGAUCUCAGGCUUUAUACUGCUCUCAAACAAGAAAUAUCGCAAUAUAAGACGAGCAUGGCUGCUACAUCUUCAAAUGUGCUCUUGUAUCGAAAGACAGGUGCAGAAUGGGAAAUCUAUGGAGACCUGGCUGAAAGGUUGGAGCAUCGAGAAGAUGCCAAAGAAGCUUAUAAAUUAUGUCUUGAACAAAAGUUUUCCGUCAAAGCAUGGCUCAAGUUGAUGGACAUGUAUGCUGAUGAAGGCAAUCUACAGCAAACAUUGACUGCUGCUGCCAAGUUGGUGUAUAUGCUUGAUCGAGCAUAUAUUGAGCAAACAUACCCAUCACCUAUCUCUCGUAAUGUCUUGAAGUUGGUACGUCGCCAUGGAUUGGCCAAGGUGCAGAAUGCUUUAGUGGCGAUGAACAUGCCACAGAAAACGUAUAGGUUAAUUACGAGAUAUUUCGAGUAUGCUGAAGUUUUUCAAGUUGACGGAGCUAAGUGCUUUUUACAAGUGCUUGGGACUCAAACUGGGGACACAUGUCCAUCAAUAUUGGCUUAUUUCGAGAAUCAGAGAUACCUCUUCUCUGUUGGUGAAGGAUCUCAGCGCUUUACCAUUGAAAACAGAGUCAGGCUGUCGAAGCUCUCAAAUAUCUUCCUGACUCGAGUUCAUUGGGAUUCUUUGGGUGGCGUUCCUGGUAAACUCUGGUUGGUUUUGACCUUUGAUUUCGCUCGUAAACCUUUGAAGUUUGACACCUCCGUCGAAAAAAUAGGAAUGCUGCUGAGUUUGAGUGAUGCUGGAAAUCGCAACAUUCAGAUUCAUGGAGGCACCAACUUGACCCACUAUAUUGCUGCUACUCGUCAUUUUGUAUUUCGGCAAGUCCAAUUAAGGUCUAAACAUGCGUUUCAUCCAAGCUAA